CAAAGCUGUAAAUUACCUACGAUGGGUUGCACAAACUGUCCAUCGUUAUCAAGCACUAGGGUCCCACCAGUGAAUAAGGUCAGAGUUCAGCUGGAGAUGCAUGCACUUUGGCAGCAGUUUGAUGAGCUAGGUACCGAAAUGAUCGUCACCAAAGCCGGAAGGAGGAUGUUUCCAACAUUCCAGGUGCGAAUCUUUGGAAUGGAUCCUGCUGCUGAAUAUGUUCUACUUAUGGAUUUUAUUCCUGUCGAUGAUAAAAGAUACAGAUAUGCGUUCCACAGCUCAUCCUGGUUGGUGGCAGGUCGAGCUGACAUUUCGGCACCAAGUCGAAUGCACUUCCACCCAGACUCACCAGCUCGUGGAGCCCAGUGGAUGAAGCAGACUGUAUCCUUUGACACUCUCAAGCUGACCAACAACCUGCUUGAUGACAAUGGACAUAUGAUACUGAAUUCUAUGCAUCGGUACCAGCCACGUUUCCAUGUAGUGUAUGUGGAUACAACACCCAACAGCCAUUUAAAUGCAGACAGAAACUUUUGCUCCUUCUCCUUCCCCGAGACACGCUUCAUGGCAGUCACUGCCUAUCAAAACCACAGGAUCACUCAGCUGAAGAUAGCCAGCAAUCCAUUUGCUAAAGGCUUCAGAACAACAGACACACAGGAUUGGGGAAACAUUUCCAAGCCUCUUGGCGUGUGGUAUCCACCAGAGGACGUGACUGCGUGCAGUAUCACAAACGCAGUGAGGGAAAGGGACUUAAAAGAGUCAACGGCACCGGAGGCGACCUCGCAUCUGAUGAAGCAGAGUGGACAGUUUUGCAACUUUACAGAUGCAAUGGUAGCAAGCAACAAUGGAAACAUUGCUUUUGGAACUCCAGCUUCCUUCCACAACCGUUUACCGUCUUACUGGGAAUGUGUCGGAUCAUCUCAGAGCAACAAUGUGUUGUAGAGAAAGUUUUCAGUUGGAACUUGGCCUAUAUCCUGCAAACAUUAUUAUUCAGCUGUAUUGUAUCAUCGUAUUGCUGUGACCAGUACUGGGAAAUGGCAAGAUAUAA